UGUGGGCGCGGGGGCUGCCCCGCUGCAUCCUCCCCCCCGGCCUCACCCGCCCCUUCUCUUGAAGGCUUCGCCUGCCCGGUGGAUGUGCUCUUCAUCGUGGACAGUUCAGAGAGCUCCAAGAUGGGCCUCUUCGACAAACAGAAAGAGCUCGUCAAGGCUCUCAGCGACAGGAUUGGGCGGAGGCCGCCGGGCCCCGCCCCCCGCGACGUCCGCCUGGCCGCCCUGCAGUUCAGCAGCUCGGUCCAGAUCGAGCAGCCCUUCGCCUCCUGGAGAGACCUGCCGAGCUUCCAGCGGAGGGUGGGCUCGAUGGCCCUCAUGGGCCAGGGCACCUUCUCCUACUACGCCAUCUCCAACGCCUCGCGCCUCUUCCAGCAGGAAGGCCGCCGGGGCGCGCAGGCGGCCGUGCUCAUGACCGACGGCAGCGACCACCCCCGGAGCCCCGACGUCCGGGGCGUUUCCGAGGCUGCCCGGAGCCUGGGCGUCUCCCUGGUCCCCGUGGGCCUCUCGCUGGCGGCCGACGAAGCCAAGCUCCGGCUGAUCUCGGGCGACUCCCCGGGCCGGCCCGUCCCGCGGCUCAGCGACCCCGACGUUAUUGAGAACGUACAGCAACAGCUGGAAGCCCUUUUUGAUGAGAAGUGCAGCCAGAAGGCCUGCGAGUGCGAGAAGGGGGACCCCGGGGAGCCGGGAGCUCCGGGCACUCACGGCUAUCCAGGCAGCAAAGGAGAGCAGGGGCCCAAAGGGCAGCCGGGGGAUGCCCAGAAAGGAGAGCCCGGAGACAAAGGCCCCGAGGGAGAUCCUGGCUACAAAGGGGACAAGGGGGAGCGAGGAGAGUGCGGCACGCCAGGGACAAAAGGAGACAAGGGACCACCAGGGCUCCACGGCCCCAAGGGCCCGCGGGGAGCUCAGGGCGUCGGAGGCCCGCCGGGAGAACCGGGACCCAGAGGCUUUCAAGGCAACAAGGGCGAGCCGGGUCCUCCUGGCCCCUACGGUCCUCCGGGCCCCCCUGGCAUCGGACAGCAGGGGCUCAAGGGAGAAAGAGGGCAAGAAGGCCGGACUGGAGCUCCCGGGCCCAUUGGCGUGGGUGAGCCAGGACAAACGGGUCCCCGGGGUCCCGAAGGAGCCCCAGGAGAGAGAGGCAUGCCUGGAGAAGGAGUUCCCGGGCCCAAGGGUGAAAAAGGUUCUGCCGGGCCCAGUGGCCCCCAGGGACUGCAGGGUCUGUCCAUCAAAGGGGACAAGGGGGACUCGGGACCCGUGGGACCUCAAGGGCCGAGGGGAGCGCCUGGACUCGGGACUCAAGGGGACCAGGGAAUCCAAGGCCCCAGCGGCCCCCCUGGCCCCCAGGGACCCCCGGGCCAGGGCUCUCCGGGGCCCAAGGGAGAAGCGGGCCGGCCCGGACCCACCGGGCCGCGGGGACCAGGAGGGAUUGGAGCCCCAGGUCCAAAGGGGGCGCCGGGGUCCUUGGGGCUGCCGGGCCAGCCAGGCUCCCCAGGAGAAGACGGAGCUGCCGGCAGGAAGGGGGAAGCCGGACUGCCGGGGGCGCGAGGUCCAGAAGGAGCCCCGGGCAGAGGAGAGCCCGGCCCCAAGGGCGAUGAAGGGAAAAAAGGGAGCAAGGGCAGCGCGGGCCAGAAGGGCAUCGUGGGUCCCGAGGGGCCGAAGGGUGAGCCCGGCGUCAUGGGGCCCUUCGGCAUGCCGGGGCCGUCGCUCCAAGGGCCUCCGGGGCCAAAGGGAGACCGAGGGGAGCUGGGCAGGCCAGGCUUCAAAGGAGAACCCGGACUCUCCGUGCGAGGCCCCAAGGGUGCCCAGGGUUCUCCGGGACCGGAGGGGGCUCCAGGCCCCAAAGGCGAAGGGUAUCCUGGAGCAGCUGGACCUCGAGGGCUCCCGGGACCUCCUGGGCCCAUGGGCUUACGGGGACUAGGAGAUACCGGCGCGAAGGGAGAGCCGGGUGUGAGAGGCCCUCCCGGACCCUCGGGGCCUCGGGGCACAGGGAUCCAGGGAGUCAAGGGAGCCAUGGGACAGAAAGGCGUGCCGGGCCCCCCGGGCCCCCCAGGCUAUGGCGCACAAGGCGUAAAGGGGGAGCGGGGCGCCCAGGGCCCUCCGGGGCAGAAGGGCAGCGUGGGCCCUGGCCUGCCCGGCCCAAAGGGCCAGCCCGGCAGCCUCGGGGAUGCGGGGAAGAAAGGAGACAAGGGGGACGUCGGGGAGCCCGGAGCCCCAGGAAUACAGGGGCUGCCGGGACCCAAGGGGGACCCCGGGCUCACCAGAGAAGAGAUUAUCAGGCUGAUUGUUGACAUAUGUGGCUGUGGGGCCCAGUGCAGAGAGAGCCCCCUGGAGCUGGUGCUGGUGAUUGACAGCUCCGAGAGCGUGGGACCCGCCAACUUCGAGCUCAUCAAGGACUUCGUGGCGAAGCUGGUGGAGCGCGUGUCGGCCGACCGCGCCACGGCCCGCGUGGGGCUCAUCAACUACAGCCGCGCCGUGGAGGUGGUGGCGGAGCUGGGGCGCCUCUCGGGCAGGGAGCGCCUGCGGGGGGCCCUGGCCGCCAUGCAGUACCUGGGCGAGGGCACCUACACGGCCUCGGCCCUGCGCGCGGCCCACGCCAUGCUGCGCGCCGCCCGCCCGGCCGUCAGGAAGGUGGUCCUGGUCAUCACCGACGGGCAGGCGGACGCCCGCGACGAGGCCGGCCUGGAGGAGGUGGUGGCGGCGGCCGACGCGGCCGGCGUGGAGCUCUUCGUGAUCGGCGUGGCCAAGGCCUCGGACCCCGACUUCCAGGUCUUCCGCCGGGAGAUGGACCUGAUCGCCUCGGACCCCGACAGCGAGCACGUCUACCUGAUCGACGACUUCCUGACCCUGCCGACCCUGGAGAACAAACUGUUCCAAAAAAUCUGCGAGGACGUCGACUCCUACCUGGACCAACUUCUCGAGUCCCCGGCCCUCCACCGUGGCCCCGGGCCCACUCCCAGCGCCGCGCCGGACGCGGAGAGCACAGGGGCCGAGAGCGCGGAGGCGCUUGGUCCUCCAGGAGCCCAGGACGAAGGACCCGGACUUUUUCCGUCCCAAAGCAGCGGAGUCUCCAUGGUGGCGACAACAAGCGAGAUGCCUGUGGACCACCGGCCGCUGCCGGGCCCCCUGGCUGGCGGGGGGAUGUGGGAGCAGGGCGCGGUCGGCCCGCAGCCCACCGCCGGGACUGCACGCCGAGGCAGGGCCCAGCGAGCUGUGGGGGGGACUCGCUGGCUUUCGGCUUCUGGUGGGCUUGAGCCCUGGGGAGUGCGUCCAGCUUUCCCGUGGCCAAAGCCGGGCCUCCGGCGGCAGCUCAAACCCAUCAGUGACAAGCAUCCCAUGUCUGGAACGUUAGAGAGGAAAGAGAAGCCGCUGGAGAACAAGGAGCACGGGACUCGAGCCCGGACGGCUCUGACGAGUGGACACCUUUGUCAAAGAGGCAGAGGCGGCUGGUCCGUGUCAGAGCCUGGGGGGAGAAGGCAAAAGGCUGCGGAAAUGCUCCCAGAGGAGCCACGGGAAAAGCCACAGAAGGCAGACGUCCCCGGAUCCAUCCGGCGACCAAAGAACGUCCACAGCGAACGCGGCGGGGUCGCCGGCUUUGUCACAGGAGGGAGGCAGCGGUACCCAAGACCAAGUCACCGCCGCCUGGAAUCACCCAGUCAGACUGAUUGGCAGAAACUGCAACCUAUCACUGCAAGGGGCAAAUAUUUACCGCCUGCUGAAUACCUGGAAAAUGCCAGUCACACGGCCAACCCUCGGACACUAGAAGCUUGCUCUUCCUCAUUAGCUACCAGGAGGAGGGACGGGUCUCCCCACGUGGCCGCCCAUGAGGAGCCGACAUCCUCCCGUGUCCAGCCGCAGAAAGCCACGGCCCUUGGACCCAGUUUGAGCCCCCACCCUACCCGGCUCAUAACUCACUCCCACUGGGUGACACCAUGGACAGACCGCUGGCCGCUUCCUUCUGGGUGUGAGCGCGGAGAGGGCCGCCGAGGCCCGGAGCUAACGCCCUGCAUUCGGCCCCUAGGUCCCCGGUGCCUGGAAGCCCUGAGGCCGGGGGACUGCGGGGAGUACGUGGUGCGCUGGUACUACGACCGCGAGGUGGACGCGUGUGCCCGCUUCUGGUACAGCGGCUGCGGCGGCACCGGCAACCGCUUCAACAGCGAACAGGAGUGUCGCAGAGCCUGCGUGCGCGGAUGAGGGGAGCUGUCUGAAGGGGAUGCGGGGCGGCCGUCGGUUGCCCCCCGCCCCCUCCCGCCACCUUCUGGUCACCACGGCCACACCGGGGACGCUGUUACCAGAAACACCAUGAAACCUCAUUCUGGGAGCCCCGCCGCUCUGGGAGGCACCUUUGGGCUGGGGAGGAGGCGAGGGAGGACAAGAGCCGAGCCCCUGGUCCCCCCUCCCCCUCCCAGCCUGGCAGAGGGGCAGAGGCUCACAGCCUGCAGUCUGUGUCCAAAGAGCCUCCCUUUGUGGUUACAGCGGGAGUGGGGGGGGAAGGAGGAAAGCAUCUGAGCUGUCAAUUAGCACCCCCCAAACCCGUGUGACCCUCCCACCCUCCGGGAAAGCUUCACCGGAUUAUCUGAACUGGCCUGGAGGCUCUGGGAAGCCUGGGCGGGGCCCUAUUGUGCCCCGCCCUAAAAAUGAGGCCGGAUUUUGGGGUGGAAGCUCCCUCAGGCAAGCAGGCUCCCGGGUAAUCCGAGGGCGACCCCCCUCCCGGGUGCUGGAUUCCCCCCCCAAUCUAAUCCUAAAGGUCCCCGUUGCUUCUGCUUUGAUGGACUCCUGUGUGUGAGCAUUAAAUACGUAUUUGUUGGCCAUGA